GUAAUAGAUAAAUAACAAACGAUCCUCUCAACAUAAAUAUAUACGUGGCUCUGCCAGCUACCAGCUGAUUGCGAUAAAUAAAUAAAAGUAAACAAAACUGAAAAUGGAAACAAAACGGCGCAAGUGGAACCUUACGGAGGAGCAAAGUUUCCUGGAUUGCUGGGUAGGAAGAGGUCAGGAAUUGAGAGGUUGCCGUAGAAGCUCUCAUGUAUAUAAUGAAUUGGCGGUGGAGUUAACGCAAUCGGGCAUUGAAGUUAAAUUCAAAACGCAGAACUUGUUGUCCAAAUACAAAAAGGUGAAAGCAGAAAUGGGACCCUCCAACAUGGCCUUUAUUUGAAAAAAUGGCUAAAAUUAUUGGCGGCUACCGUUCGAUGAAUGUGGAAGGUGUUGUGGAGGAAAGUUCGAGUUUGGAUACACAGGUGCCACCGAUGUCCCCAAUUGCGAUAUUUCCUGCGCUUUCGCUAAAAGAGUUAUCCUCGGAUAGUGAGCAGCAAUCAAAACCACGCUCUGCGCAACAUACGCGCUCGAGCCGUCGACAAAACCUGGCAACAGUAAAUUUACAGGAGAUAACUGCUACGAUUAAUAAAUGUUGCACGAAUAUUGAAAGCGCUUUGAAAAACUUGUGUCGUUCCUUCCGUUCAUCCUCACCCAUCCUUACAGCAACCCGCACCCAGAGCCCAGUCAUACAGGCGGGUUGA